AUGCGACCAGGUAGUAAGCAGCGUUCCACGGUGUGGGAGCAUUUUAAAAAAAACGUUGAUAAAACUACAGUUAGUUGUCAAAUUUGUAAAAAAGAUUUAAAAUUCUAUGGAAAUACAACUAACUUGAAGCACUUAAAACGGAAGCAUCCUACUGCACUUAUUAUUCCUGCUUCUACAGCAGACGAUCCAGAUUCCGAAUUGCAUUCUAUUGAGUCUAUUAAUAACUUAUCGAAUUUUCAAUCUUCUUCAACAAAUUCACAAACUGAAUCUUCAACUUUAAAUCAACCUUUAACUAAACGCUCGCGUCAACUUAAAUUAUACGGCACAACAAAAAAUAAUGAACUUACUGUAGCAGAAAAUAAUGAAAUUGACAAAUGUCUAGUAAAAAUGAUUACCGCCGAUUAUCAACCCUUGUCAAUAGUUGAAAAUGUUGGAUUUUUAGAAUUUAUAAAAAAAUUACAACCAUUAUACACACUUCCGAGUAGAAAAUUAUUGACUACCAAACUGUUGCCUGAUCAAUAUAAUGUCAUUUAUUUAAAACUAAAAUAUAUGUUGGAAAACGUUAACGAUGUAUCAAUCACUACGGGAUAUGUGGACAUCAGAUUCCACUAG